ACGAAGUUAGGUUGUUUUUCUUAAGAAUUCUUUAAAAAUUUGUAAAACAAUCGAAGCAAGCUUAGUAAUAGAUGCUUUUAUAGGGUAAAAUGAGUAGGACAUUUAUUGUGGGAUGUGUGUACGCGUUUUUAAGGAGGUUGAAAUUAUGAAGGCAGAGUUAAAACUGGCUUUGAUGAAGAGCAAUCAUUUUGAAUUUUGGCUUCAACUUUGGUGACUCGUGUAACGUAAAAUGGGAGUCAAAGGCCUUUGGCAGCUUCUACAACCCGUAGGACGACCAGUAACUCUAGAGUCCCUUGAAGGAAAGGUUCUCUCAGUUGAUGCAAGUAUUUUAUUGAAUCAAGCAGUGAAAGGAAUGCGAGACAAGUCAGGGAACCCUUUGCCGAAUGCACACCUUGUUGUGCUGUUCAACCGGUUGUGUAAGCUCCUGUUCUACAAGAUUAAGCCGAUCUUCAUCUUCGAUGGAGGGGUGCCAAUACUCAAGAAGAAAACCUUGGCUGUGAGAAGAGAGAGAAAGUUCAAGGCAAAACACGGUUCCAACAAAGCCACUGAAAAAAUGGUCAAAAAUUAUCUAAAAGGAAAGGCACUGGAGACUGUCACUGGAAAAAAAAGCAUAAAAACUAUUUUGAAGAAUGAUGGCCAAAGAGACCCUGAUAUUUUUGAACUGCCUCCAAUGAACCAAGAAUCCAGACAAGAAUCUUCUUCAUCAGAGGCAGAGGAUGAUGAUGGGGUUGAACAGUUUUAUAGCCAGCAAGACUUUGAGAAAAAGUUUCAAGAUCCAUCCUCCAUCAAUGUUGAUUCCCAAGAUUUCCGAUCCUUACCAGAAGAGGUCCAACAUGAGCUUAUUAAAGAUGUCAUGGAAGAAAGAAAAUGGACAACUAUUCAGAGUAUGCCUCAGGAUGCUUUUGGCUUCUCUGACUAUCAACUCCAAAAUGUUUUACAACGUGGCAAGCUUCACCAACGUCUAGAUGAGCUGCGCAAAGAAAUGAGCAAUCAUAACAAUGGUGAGGUAUCGGGACUGUCAUCCCAACAGGAUGCUCUGGGGGCUGAUUCCAGUGUGCUAUCACAAAGGAUUGUCUCUGAGGAUUCAGGUCACUAUGUUCUUAUCAAAACAUCCAAAAAUGGUUCAAAUGAAAAUCAAGAUACUCCCAUGAUCGACAGCUUGAGCGAGGGAGGAUUUUUCCUUGAAGACCAAAAAGCCCCUCCACAACAAACUAAACGAACAAUCCCUUCACAAGUGCCUUCUUUUGAAGUGGACUUGACUUGUGAAGCAGCUAGCAGUGAUUCUGAAGUCGAUGUUUCUUUGUUAGACGUACCUGAGGUUGUUGUCUUAGACCUGGAUGAGCCACAUGAGAAAAGAGGAGAUGGGGAAGGUGAGGAAAGGAAUGCCAAGGCAGAGGAUGGCGGGAGAGAGGACAUGGUGGAGGACAGCUUGCAGGAUCAAAGUGUUGGUGUUUUCAAAAAAAUUAAUGAUGAAGUCUUGAAAGGGGAGGCAAAAAAAGUUGAUAGAAACAGUGAAGAUAAUAUUUCUUUGAAAGACAAUGGUUUAGAACAAGAGAACAGGAUAACAGUAGAAGAAACACAAGAUGAAUUAAGUCUAAAUAAAGAAGAAACUGAAGAGUGUGACUUCAUCCAAGCCCAAAUUGCACGGCGUAGAAAUCAAAUUGAAAUGCUGCUGAGCAAGAGGCAAUCAGCUAGUCACCUCUCUACUUGUGAAGAGGUUUGUGAGAAGAGUGUUCAAAGUGAUGAAUCAUCUCCUAUUACUAGUUCUCCUGGAGAAGACAUAGCUGCACCUGUCACCAACGAGGGUACAUUACCAGUUGAAGAUGGAGGAAUUGAGUUUAGGCUGCGUUUAGAGAGCAGCAGUGAUGAAGAUGAAGAAGAUAAAGAUGACAUCACUGCAAGAGAUCAUGAAGAGACAAGCAAGAUAGACCCAAUGGAAGAGGUUGAAGGUAUACAAGAGACACAACAUGAUGAUCUGGAGAACUUCAAGGUUAAAGAACUAGAAAAAGACAGCACUGAUGUAACAGGUCAAAAAGAAGAUGUUCAAGUUAUAGACCAUCAACAUGAUCGAGAUGAGAAAGUAAAAGAAAGCACCAUGGAAGAGGAAGAAGGGAUGGAGAUUGAAGAAAUAAGCUGUGCCAGAGAAGAAAGUUUAGUUCCAGAUGAGAAACCUACUGAAGUAGAGACCAGAUCAUCACUUGUGCAAGCUCCAUCAGAGUUUGCAGGAACAUCCAAGGAGGAUUUGGAAGUGAUGCAAGUAAGCUUAGGAGUUGAACAGCAAUCUCUCCAGACUGAGAGAGCACGUCAAGAAAGAUUGGCAGCCACUGUGUCGAAUGAAAUGCUCACAGAAUGUCAGGAACUCUUACGGUUAUUCGGUGUACCAUACCUGGUCAGUCCCAUGGAAGCUGAGGCACAGUGUGCAUUCCUGGACUUCACCCAGCAGACAAAUGGCAGCAUCACAGACGACAGCGAUGUCUUCUUGUUUGGUGGAACAAGGGUGUACAAAAAUAUCUUCAACCAGAAUAAACAUGCAGAACUGUACACCAUUGAUGCCAUUAYUGGACACUUAGCUUUGGAUCGUUCAAAGAUGAUCAAUCUAGCUUUUAUCACGGGAAGUGAUUACACUGAAGGAAUCCAAGGUUUAGGUGCUGUAGGUGCUAUGGAAGUGUUGCAUGAGUUUAGCAGCGAGGGCUUUGAAGCUUUGAUAAAGUUUAAAAAAUGGCACGAUGAGACAAAGAAGAACAGAAACUCGACCCAAGAAACCAAUGUUAAAAAGAAAUUACGGAAACUGACCCUUCCUACAGGGUUUCCGUCUCAAGAAGUCUUUGAUUCUUACGUUAAUCCUGUGAUAGACGAGUCACGUGAGGCAUUCGAGUGGGGCAAACCAGACUUACAUGGCUUGAGAUUGUUUGCGAAGGAAAAACUCGGUUGGUCUGCUGAGAAGACAGACGAGAUUUUACUUCCGGUCCUAAAGCAGUUGAACAAACAAGAGAAUCAAAUGAGAAUGGAAGACUUUUUCCAGAUAAAGUUCCACGAGCCAAAAAAGAAACCGAGUAGACGAGUUCGUCGCGUUAUCAAUCAAUUCCACAACCCACUCAGCUCUAGCGACAGCAGCAGUGAAGAUGAAGGUAAAACACCGGGUAGCUCGCAAUCGAAUAUCACGAAGGGAAGAGUCAAAGAAACAGGAUCCCGCAACAAGAUGACGGUAUCUCGAGUCGCUCGCGGGAGAGGCCGUGGACAGUCCCGAGGGCGUCGCGUCAAUGAUGGAUCUAGUGGUCGGGAUGUAAACGACCGGCCGAUUGUGUCUAACCAUCAACUGGAAUCUGGUACGAUGAAAGACAGCGAUGCUGGAGGAGUAGAAGGGCGUGGCUCAGCAUUGGUGGGCGGGAAGCCCAAGAAGGAAGGUAGGAAGAUAGGAAAGAGAAAUAUGGUUGGGAAGGGAAAAAUAAGUAAUCAAGAAUUGCACAUGCGAGAUAAAGGUAAAGGGAGUAUGACAGACAAAGUUGACUGCGACGUUAAUGCUCUAGAGAAAGAUAAUGAUAUGAUAAAAAAUAAUUCAAAAACACAGGGAGACCAUAACGAUAAAGAUAAGCCUAAUAAUUUAUCGUUCAAUUUGGAAAAAAACGAAAAUUAUGUAUCGAUGCUUCAAAGAAAUAAUGUAAAAAAUCUGCGAUAUAAAAUUCCGAAAAAAAUCUCCACGACAAAGAAAGACGAGUCCGGGUCUUCUAGACUCGGGAAUGAAAACGACGACAGCUCGACGUCUUCCGACAGCGAUUCCGAAGAAGCACGCAGCAACUGUCCCAGUUCAGGGAAUUUAUCAAGGACGAAUAAAAAUGGUGGCCGAGGUAUGGGAAGAAAGCGAACGAGAGGUAGAGGACGAGGAAGAGGAGCUGGUGCAGUAAAAAGAUCUAAAAUAGAAAAAAUGCCAUGAAAAGCUAAAAAUCUAUUUAUAUAUCUUAUUUAGGGAAACUAUUUUAUACUCUACCGUGUAUAUAUGUUUAUUCGAUGUAGAGUAUACCACACGAUAUUUUUUUAAAGGGAUAUUUUCAACACCAGAUAGCCGAAUAUAUUAACGAAUUUGUACAACAAUUUGUAAUCUACUGUAUAUAUGUAUUUAUGUUUUUUGAAGUUUAAUGUAGCAUAGGUAGACCAAGAAGAGUGGUCAACCAUAGUUUGUUAAAUGCAAUAAAAAUGUGACAGCAGA